AUGGCUUAUUUUCUCCAGAUUGCUACAAUUUCUCCAGGGAUGGCAUCAUGUGAAAACACUCUAAAUACAUUGAGAUAUGCGAAUAGAGUAAAAGAAUUUGGAAUUAGUCCUUCAGACAUUCCCUUCUCACAGGGCAGUGGCAAUCGCUCUGAUCGCUCUCCUUCCUAUGAGUAUGACAACUUUUCUCCUUCUAUUACCAGGGUGAAGGAGCUGAUGGUUGAUCCUAGUUCUGCAGGAGAUAUUCGUCCUAUUAUACACCAUGCUUCCAAUCAGUUCGAUGACUUAGAGACACACUGGGGUGUGGGGAGCUCUCCUCAGAGAGACGAUCUCAAACUGCUUUGUGAACAAAACGAAGAAGAAGUUUCUCCACAGUUGUUUACUUUCCAUGAAGCUGUGUCACAAAUGGUAGAAAUGGAAGAGCAAGUAGUAGAAGACCACAGGGCUGUCUUCCAG